ACAAACAAACAAACAAAAAACCCCCCAAAACACAGCACCUUGUGAGGGAAACAGUGUGUACUAAUUAUUUCAUAUUCUGGGAAAAGUGGGGGACAGCUGUCAGGCUUCUUUGUCAAAAGUUUAUGAACUGAUGGCUUAGUUAAUGGCUGAAAGUAUGGUGUGUAUCUACAUACACAUACAUACCUAGGAGUAUUUAUGAAAUCCCAACUGAGACUCUUUUGUUGCCUCAGGCCCCUCCUGGUCUCUUCCAUUCUGAGCAAGGGAGAAUUGCACAGAAGGGCGGGAACUGACUGUGGUUCCCGCCACUGCUCAUGAGGUUUUCAAACAGGUCCGUCAUACUGUUAUAAAAGUGCUGCGCGGCUGUACCAGAGGUCUUGUGCUACAAGCUUAACAGCUGUGGUUUCAACAUGUCUGGUCGCGGCAAGGGUGGAAAGGGUCUAGGUAAGGGUGGCGCCAAGCGUCACCGCAAGGUGUUGCGCGACAAUAUCCAAGGAAUCACCAAGCCAGCCAUCCGGCGCCUGGCUCGCCGCGGCGGCGUCAAGCGUAUUUCUGGCCUCAUCUAUGAGGAGACUCGCGGAGUGCUGAAGGUUUUCCUGGAAAAUGUAAUCCGCGAUGCUGUCACCUACACGGAGCACGCCAAACGCAAGACGGUCACAGCCAUGGACGUGGUGUACGCGCUCAAGCGCCAGGGACGCACUCUGUAUGGCUUCGGCGGCUGAGCUUAUCUCCACAGCUAUCGCAAAACCAACGGCCCUUUUCAGGGCCACCUAUCCACUCAGGAGAAAGAGUAGUAGUCACUGCUUAAAAUUAAUGUAGUUUCACGUGUUUAGUAGCUUCGGUUUUCAAGUUCAAUUGUUUUAUUACGUCUUGGCUUCAUAUCUUACUGGCUAGUGAGGAUAAUGUAUCUUUUAUUUUUUAAUUUAUUUUCAGACAGUCUUGCUCUGUCUCCCACGCUGGAGUGCAAUGGCGCGAUCUCGGCAAACUGCAGUCUCCGCCUCCCGGGUUCAAAGGAUUCUUGUGUCUCAGCCUUACGCGUAGCUGGGACAACCGGCUUGCUCCACCAACAACCGCUAAUUUCUGUAUUUUUUGUAGCGAUGGAUUUUCGCCAUGUUGCCCAGGCUCGUCUUGAACUCAAGCUCAAAAGAGAUUGCCCCUCCUCGGCCUCCGAAAGUGCUGGGAUUACAAGCGUGAGCCGCCACGCUUGGCCUGUGUUUUCUGUAUUACUGUAAGGAGACUGAUGGCAAACUGCCGCUAACAUUCUGCAUGGCUAUCAGAGAAAGAAAGUAGCAAAGACUGUAGCUGUUGGAGAAACAAGGUAACAAAACCUGUAUCACAGAAGGCAAGUGGUAAAGGCUGAUUCUGCUGUGAAGAAUAGGGAAAAAAAUAGAGGUCGGUACUAGUUCCUACCAAGGCAUUGUUAUAUGAAAGGAAGACAAAAUGGCGUUUACAUGGUUAUGGGUAUAGGGGGAUAUGAGGUGUGUGGGAGGCACUUAACUGACAAAUACAAUCUUUAAAGAAGAAAGUAGUUAUUGCCGUGGGAGAAACAACCAUGAAAGUACAUAAGAUUCUCUCAAAAUUUUUCAGUGGAAUGGGGAGAGGCCAACUUGUUUGGCUGUGUUCCUCUGAGCUGCCUUCCAUCCGGAGCUACUGAUUUUCUGUUGUUGAAUUUAAAAGGACUUUUUAUUAAUGUACCCGCGGCCAAUUUAAAGGUGCUAUCGACUGAUACCUCAUAAAACACGGAAACUAGUUUCAUAAAGCCACCAGCCCAACAAGUACCAUUUUAAGUUUUAAAAACAUGCCUAUUUCAGCUGCAAG